GCCCUCGGCGGCGCGCGCGGCGAAUAAUUGUCGGGAAGGCUGUGCGCAGAUCUUGGUGGCUAAGGCUGGACUCGCCCGGCUGUGCCGGCUGCUGCCAGGGCGAGGGUUGUCUGAGCGCCUAGGUCCUUUUCUCCGUCGUUGCCGGGAAUAAAUCUCUCUCGAAACCGACUGAUCCAUUCCCGGAAAGGGGACGGAUAUUCAAGACCACUUCAUCCUUCCAGUGGACACCGAGCCCAGCAUCGGUGGCGUCCGCUGGUGGCGGUUUUGCCAAGUGUUGUCACAUUGAAAAAUGGCUAAUGGACAAGACCGGGUAGUUACUCUAGUGGACAUGGACUGUUUUUUUGUUCAAGUGGAACAGCGGCAAAAUCCUCAUUUGAGGAAUAAACCUUGUGCAGUUGUACAGUACAAAUCAUGGAAGGGUGGUGGAAUCAUUGCAGUAAGUUAUGAAGCUCGUGCAUUUGGGGUCACUAGAAACAUGUGGGCAGAUGAUGCUAAGAAGUUAUGUCCAGAUCUUCUACUGGCACAAGUUCAUGAGUCCCAUGGAAAAGCUAACCUCACCAAGUACCGGGAAGCCAGUGUGGAAGUGAUGGAGGUAAUGUCUCGUUUUGCUGUGAUUGAACGUGCCAGCAUUGAUGAGGCUUAUGUAGACCUGACCAGUGCUGUACAAGAGAGACUGCAAAAGCUCCAAGGUCAGCCUCUCUCAGCAGACUUGUUGCCAACCACCUACAUUGAAGGGUUGCCCCAAAGCCCUGCAACAGCAGAAGGGACUGUUCAGAAAGAGGAAAUGCGAAAACAAGGCUUAUUGCAAUGGCUUGAUUCUCUUCAGACUGAUAACACCACCUCUCCAGACCUACAGCUCACUGUGGGAGCAGUGAUCGUGGAGGAAAUGAGAGCAGCCAUAGAGAAUCAGACUGGUUUUCAGUGUUCAGCGGGGAUUUCACACAAUAAGGUUCUGGCAAAGCUGGCCUGUGGACUAAACAAGCCCAACCGGCAGACUCUGGUCUCACAUGGGUCAGUCCCACAGCUCUUCAGCCAAGUGCCUAUUAGCAAAAUCCGUAGUCUUGGAGGAAAGCUAGGGGCUUCUGUCAUUGAAAUCCUGGGGGUAGAAUACAUGGGAGAACUGACCCAGUUCACUGAAUCCCAGCUCCAGAGUCAUUUUGGGGAGAAGAAUGGAUCUUGGCUAUAUGCCAUGUGCCGGGGGAUUGAACAUGAUCCAGUUAAACCCAGGCAAAUACCCAAAACCAUUGGCUGCAGCAAGAACUUCCCAGGAAAAACAGCUCUGGCUGCUCGGGAACAGGUACAAUGGUGGCUUUUGCAAUUAGCCCAGGAACUAGAGGAGAGACUAAUCAAGGACCGAAAUGAUAAUGACAGGGUGGCCACUCAGUUGGUUGUGAGCAUUCGCGUACAAGGAGACAAACGUCUCAGCAGCCUGCGCCGCUGCUGUGCCCUUACUCGCUAUGAUGCUCACAAGAUGAGCCACGAUGCAUUUGCUGUCAUCAGGAACUGUAACACUUCCGGAACCCAAACUGAAUGGUCCCCUCCCCUUACAAUGGUUUUCCUCUGUGCUACAAAAUUCUCUGCCUCUGCCCCUUCACCUGGCACAGACAUCACCAUCUUCUUGAGCAGUGACCCAAGUUCUCCGCCAAAGGUGCCAAUUACCAGUUCAGAAGCUAAGACCCAGGGAAAUGGCCCAGCGGUGACAACCACUAAGAAAGCAACCACUUCUCUGGAAUCAUUCUUCCAGAAAGCUGCAGAAAAGCAGAAAGUCAAAGAAGCUUCACUUUCUUCUCUUACUGCCACUACGCAGGCCCCCAUAAGCAAUUCACCCUCCAAGCCCUCAUUACCUUUCCAAACCAGUCGUACUUCAGGAACUGAGCCCUUCUUUAAACAGAAAAGUCUGCUUCUAAAGCAGAAACAGCUUACUGAUGUUUUCUGCCUUCCACAAAAACCACAGUCCAGUCCUAAAGAGUUACCAAAUUGUUCUCCAACAGAGUGUCCAGAUUGUGCCCCUGUCUGUGAAAAGGUGUUGACGCUAGGAUCCUUCAAAGCAACUCCCGCAGAGAUGGAUUUGGCCCAGAGCAGCCUAAGCAGCCUUGCUUCUUUAACUUCCAAGUCUGCUCUGGAGGUGGCUCAGAAGGCAACUACCUCCAGUCUUCUGGCUGCUGAGGACCAAGUGCCCUGUGAGAAGUGUGGCUCUCUGGUACCUGUAUGGGAGAUGCCAGAACAUACAGACUAUCAUUUUGCAUUGGACUUGCAGAAAUCCUUCUUGCAGCCCCACUCCUCAAACCCCCAGGUUGUUCCUGCCAGUUCUCCUCAAGGCAAAAGAAAUCCCAAGAGCCCUUUGGCCUCCAAUAAUAAACGCCCUAGGCCUGAGGGCAUGCAGACAUUGGAAUCAUUUUUUAAGCCAUUAACACACUAGUGCUGCCCUCAGGCUUGCUGCAGGGUUUUAAUAUUUUAUUUGUAACUGGGAGAUGGAAAUAUGUUCACUUCUCCAGGAAAUUUAUAACUUUAUAAAAUUUUUAAUAAGGAAAAUAAUCCAGUUAGAUGCUGAGUUAAGGCUCCCACCUCAGGGAUUCUAAUUCUAUUGUUGACAGGGAUGUAAAAACUCAUCUUCCAGAGAUACAACUGUAUUGAGUUUUUAAUUGUUAGUCUUUAGGGAAGCAGUGUCAUACAGUUUAAAAUGCCUGGGCCUUGGAACUUUAAGAGAUCUGGUUCCAAACCUGGCUUUGCCUCUUGGAAUACGGCCUUGAGCAAGUCACUUUCCCCAUGUGUAAAACUGAGACAAUGCCUUAGAUUAUUGAAGAUUAAGAAAAAUGUACUUAAAGUAUGUAGCUUAACAUUGGCACAUAAAAGGAACUGAGUGAAAAAAAGUUAAAAAAAAUUUUUUUAUGUGAGGCGAAGACCUGAAACCCUAAAGUGGUAACUAAUUUAGGGCAGGACUGUGUACAUAGAAGCUACUCAAUAAAUACUGAAUUUCAUUCAAGUAAACCCUAUCAUAGCCACAAUUUUAGCCAUUGGCCCUUCUACCUCUUGCAAUGAAACUGUUACUGGACCAGCUCAGGAACACUGUUUAGAUUGGCUAAGUCAUGAUAGAACUAGAUCAUCUCUAGGACCUUGUUACUCCAAGUGUGGUUUUGCGGGGCAGCAGCUCCACCGCCAGAGAACUUAUUAGAAAUUGUCUCAGCCUUACCUCCACCCCUACUGAAUUUGUAUAUUAACAAAUUUGAGAAAUACCCAUCUAGAAGAUAAUAACAGCCCACCAGGUUUGUAGAGGGCAAUGUCAUUUCCUUAAACCCUACAUACAAAUGUAAGAAGAGGUAAAUGCUUGGGCCUUCAGGGUCACUGGCAUGUUCAUCUCUUCCCUACUGAAGUGUGAAUCUUUAGCUUAGGGUUUUAAAUGAAUUAUUGUAGCUUUUUGCACUAGUCCAUGUUUAUAGUACUGUAUUCUUAAUCUCCAUUCUUAUGUGUGGAAAGUCAGUUUUGGCUUUUCUGAUAUAGGAAAUGUUGAUUACACAGAGAACCCAAUCAAAGAUGAAUUGAGUGGUGGCGGUGGGGGGGGGAGAUAAGAGGGUAGGGAGAACGGUAUACAUAGUCCCCCUUCCCAUACAUGUACUCAAACCAGUACUUUUAGGCUUAUUUUAGCUUAUUUAUAAAUUGGGGGUCUGUAAUUUGAAGGGGGAACAUUUGAAAACCACUGUGCCUAGCUAAUUAUUUCUUCCUCCAGAAAGACCUUCCACUUUUGUGGCAGUUAAAUAUCUAAUAAAAGAUAGUGCUUACUGUAUACAUGGCUCUUUCCCUACUAGAUUUGUAGAUUUCUUAAAGGCAAGAAUUCUUCACAGUGCCUCGCACACAAUAGGUGCUUGAUAUUCACUGGAUGAAACAUAUAUACUGAAAAUUUUAAGAUUACCAGAACUGUAACAAUAAAAAUGUACAUACUACUUAUACACCUUUUUAUACUCCUCAAUGUUGCAUUAAUGUAGCAAAGUGCCUCAUUAGUUUGUGGAGAUGUCUCAGUAUCAUUUUCCAAAACUUCCUUUCCUAAUCUAGGGAGAAGUUUUUAAAAAAAUCCCCUCUGGGUGCUGUACAGAUCAAGUUGAACAAAUUUUUAACACUUCAGUUGACUGGAAGGAGUCAAACAGAAAAGUAAUGUGGUAGAAACUUUGGUUUCACUGACCUUCUAGAGGCCAAGACAGGUAGUGGGGGGAGGUAGGGGAAGCACUAGUGAAUAACCAAUAAAGACAAUACCAGCAGCAAACCUUGUUUUCUUGGGAAUGCCAGCCCUGCCCCAGCAUACUGGCAGUGAGCCUGUGGAGGGGGCAGCAGACAGACAUGCAAAGGUCAGUGUUGGGAGAAGGCUAUAGUACCUUUUUGCUGACUAUAACCAUCCCUCAUAGCGGUUUAUCAGCAACUGUACAGAAGGAAGUAAAUGGUUCUUAGUUCCCAACACCAAGAGGUUCUUCAACCACAGGCUUCUUAGUAGCAAGUUAAACCAGUGAUAUAUAAAAAGUAGCUGAGCCUGAAUGGUAGGGAGGCUAUCACUUUUAAUACCUUGGAGGCAGAAUACGCGUGGGACCAUGGCCCACAUUUAUCAUUAAAUUUCUUUUGCAAGGAUCAGUACUGAAAAUGU